AUGCCUCUUCUAUUUGCAAUUCUCGUUCUAAUGACAACCUCAACAUCGUCAUCUUAUUCCAUCUCUCUUGCACCCUCCAAGAUCCCUCAACUUGGGAUGUCUUCAACAAAGCUAAAGAAUACACACGAUGCACUGACGCAAAAGGUUGAUAAAUCUGAUCUUGAAAUCUUCUACUUUAAUCAAGAUCUUGAUCAUUUCACAUUCACACCGAAAAGCUACAUGACCUUUCAACAAAGAUACGUGAUUGAUUCCCAGCACUGGGCUGGUGCUAAAGUGAACGCACCAAUCUUAGCGUUUCUUGGAGAGGAAUCUUCGUUAGAUUCCGAUCUGUCUGCCAUCGGUUUUCUUCGUGACAACGGUCCUCGCUUAAAAGCACUUCUCGUGUACAUAGAGCAUAGGUAUUAUGGGAAAUCGAUGCCAUUUGGAUCGGCAGAAGAAGCAUUGAAGAACGCGAGUACCUUGGGAUAUUUGAACUCGGCACAAGCCCUAGCAGACUAUGCGGCAAUUCUCUUGCACAUUAAGGAAAAGUACUCAACCAAACAUAGCCCUAUCAUUGUCAUAGGAGGAUCAUAUGGUGGAAUGUUAGCGGCAUGGUUCAGGCUAAAAUAUCCGCACAUAGCACUUGGGGCAUUAGCAUCUUCAGCUCCUCUUCUCUACUUCGAAGAUACUCGUCCUAAAUUUGGUUAUUAUUAUAUUGUAACCAAGGUUAUCAAGGAAACGAGUGAGAAAUGUUAUAACACAAUUUGUAAAUCUUGGAAAGAAAUCGAUAGAGUUGCUGCCAAACCCAAUGGCCUCUUAAUCCUCAGCCAAAAAUUCAAAACAUGCGGUCCAUUGAACGGAAGCUCUGAUAUCAAAGACUUCUUGGGUACGAUAUACGCAGAAGCUGUUCAAUACAAUCGGGGUCCAAGUUAUUGGGUGACCAGCGUGUGCCAUGCAAUCGAUGCCAACCCACCAACCCAUAAAAAUGAUUUACUCAAUCGGGUUUUCGCAGGCGCUGUCGCUUUAAUAGGCAACCGAACAUGCUAUGAUACCAAUAUGUUUUCGCAGCCCACAAACAACAGCAUUGCAUGGAGAUGGCAGAGCUGCAGCGAGAUAGUGAUGCCGAUAGGUUAUGACAAGCAAGACACGAUGUUUCAACUGGCGCCGUUUAACAUGACCAGUUUCAUUGAGGGGUGUAAAUCUUAUUACGGUGUCCCUCCUCGACCACAUUGGAUCAUGACGUACUUUGGCACUCAGGAUAUCAAGUUAAUUCUUAAAAGAUUUGGGAGCAAUAUUAUAUUCUCUAAUGGAUUGUCAGAUCCUUACAGCGUCGGCGGAGUUUUAGAGGAUAUUUCAGAUAGCAUAGUCGCCAUCAAGACAAAAAAUGGUUCACAUUGUCAAGACAUUAGCCUGAAGAGGAAAGGAGAUCCGGAGUGGUUGGUGAUGCAACGAGAGAAAGAAUUUAAAAUAAUUGAAUCUUGGAUUUCAAUGUACCAAAAAGAUCUAAGAGAUUUAAAUAUAUUAAUCUAAGUUUUGUUAUAAUAUAUGCAAAACAUAUAUAAAUCAAUAAUUUGUACUUGUAUUGGUUGAGUGGUCUAUGAACAUCGAUAUAAAAGCCAGUAUAUUUAGUGCAUC